CACCGGUUGCCGACGGGGCGCGCUGUACAGGAAGGAGCGGCGGCUGUAGAUUCUCUGCACAUUCCUAUCCAGAGGCUGAAAACCCAUCCUGAUCCAACAUGUCCGACUGACACCGCUGCGCGGUUCCUUACAAGCGGCUGCCCUGACACACUGUAACGAGCUAGUUUCCAGUGCACAUCUACAAGGACGUUCUUUUCCAUUCACAGGUGGUGACACUGUGGUAUUAUGUAACCAGUAUGCGCCCGGAUCCACCAGACGGAGCAGAUGCAGAGCUCGCUGUGGUCCCAGAUCAGGUCCAUAUUGCCUCCUAGACUUGAGGAGUUCCCUCGGGAGCUGGGCCCGGAGGUGGAUGGAGCCAUUGCGCUAUGUAUGAAGGAGGCGGCAGCCUGUAUCUAUACGCCUGACCCCGGGCGAUGUGGACAGCUGGGGGAGCUGAUGAUGGACUACAGCUGGGAGAAGCUGAAUGGCUGUAACUGGAGGGACGUGUCCCGGGACUGGAGGACUGUCUAUUCCUACGGCUGCCUGUUUAAGGUGGUCGGAAGCUGCGCGGGGCUGGUGUUCAAUAAGGAGGAAGCCCUGCGCGUGUGCGACAUGUCAUUACUCCUAGGGGCUGAGAUCAUGAACAACGUGAUAAGUAGAAUAAUCCAAAUUCUGAGUGAUCCCCUCUCCAAGGACUCGGUGGAGCCCCCGGAGUGUGCAACAGUCCCGACCCACGAAAGACAGAAGAGGCAGAGAGAUACUCAAGGAAAGGAGUCGGAAAGCGAACAAAAUGGCAAAAUCCCUGAGAAAAUACCCCGUCCGCUGACCCCGGCGCUGCAUGUAGAGACCACCAUACCAACUGUCCGCUGUCCCUCGCUGGAACACUUCAGACACAAUUACCUGAUUCCUCAGAAAGCAGUAAUACUGGAGGGGGCCAUUGAUCACUGGCCGUGCAUGAAAAAGUGGAGUGUGGCGUACCUACAGAAAGUGGCGGGUUGUCGUACUGUACCCGUGGAGCUGGGAUCCAGGUACACCGAUGCAGAAUGGUCUCAGAGUCUGAUGACUGUGAAUGAAUUCAUUAAUAAUUAUAUUCUGGAUCAGCCGGCUCGCAGGGGAUACCUCGCUCAACAUCAACUAUUUGAACAGAUACGUGAACUUAAGGAAGAUAUCGGUAUUCCGGAUUAUUGCUGCCUCGGGGAAGGAGAUGAAGAUGACAUCACUAUUAAUGCUUGGUUUGGACCAGCAGGAACAGUGUCUCCUCUUCAUCAAGACCCUCAGCAAAACUUCCUGGCACAGAUUGUGGGCAGAAAGUACCUCCGUUUAUACUCUGUGCGUGAGACAGAGCGUCUGUACCCAUUUGAUAGCACCCUUCUCCACAACACCAGCCAGGUCGACAUUGAAAAUCCAGACACGGACAGGUUCCCUGACUUUGCACAGGCCGUUUACCAAGAGUGCAUCCUGUGCCCUGGGCAGAUCCUCUUCAUCCCAGUGAAAUGGUGGCAUUACGUUAAAGCUCUAGAUAUAAGUUUUUCUGUCAGUUUUUGGUGGUCUUGACCAUGGAUCAUUACUUAAAGGGGUUAUACUGGAAAAGAUAAUGAUGCCGGCAGCUUUCCAAAGACAGUGCCAUACAUCGUAUAACGGCGGUAACAUAGUACAUAAGGCCGAAAAAAGACAUUUGUCCAUCCAGUUCGGCCUGUCAUCCUGCAAGUUGAUCCAGAGGAAGGCAAAAAAAAACCUGUGAGGUAGAAGCCAAUUUU